CAACUAAAGAAGCCAACAUGUGGUUUUUCAUAUUUACGUAUUUAGGACUGGUGGGGAAACUGCUAGAUCUAUGCAGCAACUCUUUUGGCUCGACCUUCCUCCAACUGACCAUCACUUCAAAGCAAUACAGUUCUAGGAUAAGAGAACGAUAGGCAUGUAAGAAACAUGUUCUUUAUUAGGAAAAAUGUUGCUUCCAAGAAACUUGCCUAAAUUGAAAUGACAGAGAAGGUCAGACAAAUCUGUAAGAGUUCUAUCGGAUCAUCUAAAGGGCUGACAUUCGCAAAUAAGGCCAAGUUUGAAAAAAGAGCAGCAGAACCUGCAACUGCCAACUGAGAAUAACCACUUGCUUUGUAAAUCAAGCAAAGCAACAUCAAAACCACCUUAGAUGGAAUUGCUUUCCAACAUUGUAUUUAUCUAUUAAGACAACAAAACCAAGUUGAAUGCAAGCUAUUUAAAAACAUCUUAAAUAAAAUUCCCAUGACAAUAACUGUUAGUUAACAAUAAGGGCAGGACCUCGUAAGGAAUAUUGCACCAAGAAACACCAUUCCCAACUACAAAUGGUACAAAAAUGCAGCUCCGGAUUUCUGGGAGAAUCAGCAAUAUAUACCGUAUAUCCAUAGUAAAAGAAGGUUUCUAUCUUUGUUUCAACUUAGCUUUCUUUUCUACAACAAUUCCAACUUCAAAACUGUAAUGAGGAACAGAUUGAAGAACAAAACAGGAAUAGGAAAUUUAAGAAACUGUAAGCUGAUAGAUCUGUGUACACAUAAAGAGGCGACUGAGAAGGCACUUACCGUUUCUCCUAGACAUUGGUCAACAUUUGGAAACGAAGUUCAGCUACAUCCCAUUAGAAGUUUCUUCUUUUAGUUUUUCAGUCAUUAACCUGUAAACCUCAUUGUAGUUUUUCACUUCGAGUCAGUGAGUUAUCUAUUGAUUCUAGCUAGCGUGGUUGCCAUAAUAGCCAUCAACCCAUGUAAGCCAACCAGGUUCUUCUCCAAGCUGUUGCCAUGAAGAAGCUGUUAACUGGGUUCCAGUAUUAACCUGAAACUGGAAAAAAACAAACAAAAAAAAUCAAUCAAUAAACAACACACAUACCAUUUCUAUCCAAUCCCAUCAAACUCUACCAUAGUGAUAACUUGAACGACUUCUCAGUAAAGUAGAAGGACUGACAUCUCUUGGAAUAAAACCGUCUUCAAGAGCUCUAAAUACCAACGACUGUCCAAAUUUCUUCUCCAAUUUGGUCUGACGUGUUCCAAGAUACUUCUUGGCUGCGAUCAAGUCUGCAGCCACUAAUGAAUACUGAGAAGCAUGAACCCAAAUUACAUGCUUCCAUUUGGUGAGGCAAUUUUAAGGUUUACAGAAACUCUGUCAUACUACACAACAUCCUUGACAAAGUAGCUGGGCAUCCUGACAAUGGUCCGUCAUUAGCCUCCAAGCAAAACUGUUGAUCAGAAGUACCCAUGGUGCAAGAAGCCAACUCAUUUAUGUCACAAACUGAGAUCAUCUACCAAAGGGAAACCCCACUAAAUUAAGCAGUUUCCAGCAAGGAAGAAACAAAUUUAGCCGCAAAAAGAGAAAGGGAAUCUAUAUAUGCUUACACCAAGUGCGUUUGUUAACACUCUUUGCACUGAAUAUAGUUGACCCACAUGAUAUCACUUCCUAGUAAUCGUUUGAAGGCGUCCUCCAAUCUUGGCAUCGCAAAGCCUGCCGAAUUUCCUAUGGAAAAUUAGAAUUAGAAUAUAAUUUAGAAGAGAAAUGAAAAGUAAAUUCAAUCCGGAAAUUGAGAAACGAACAUAUGAAUCCAAAAGUUGAGGAAAAUAAUUGUGGGCAAUGCACCCGACGCCAUUGGGACGACCAGUACGCCGAGCGAAAGAUUGACGCCAACGAGAAUUUGGAGCUGGCGGCGAACGAUGUGGGCUUUGAGGUCACUGAGAGUGCGCUGCAUACUGGCAUAGCGCUAGCUGGAGAUGUAGCGAUGGAAGAGAGUGGUCGAAGAGCUGGGUGAGAAAAUCGGGAACAAAAGAGCACAAUUGGACUUGGAUAUGAGUUUGGCAGGGGUGGGGCGAGCAAAGGAGAAAACUUCUCUUAAUUCAUAAGAAUGAGGCGAGGCAUGUACAAAUCAUGGGCGAUGGAGUGUUUCAGCAGCUAUGAAGAGAUCUCAUGAGAGGUAGCGUGCGUGAAGAGUCGAAACUUGGAAAAGCACACUGGAUUAUGAGUCUGUGAGAUGACGAAGACGACUGAAGCGGUGGUCUGAGAUUGCGGAUUUUAGGGGUGAGGUCGUGAACUGAUGGAAAUACAGAAAGCAUGGGCGCCUGCAAUUUGGAAAAGCAAACUGUAGGGUUGAGACCGGAGCUCUUUUGUGGUCGUGGUCAACAACAUAGUCGUGUAUGAGAAGCUUUUCUAGUCCCAGCCCACAAAAUGCCAAAAAGUGAAACAGUAGUAGAGAAGUUUGGCCAAUAAAGUGUACCCACAUUUCAUAUAUAAAAGAAUGUUCUAAAUCCUAAAGAGCUCUAAGACAAAGUCACUUUGACAAGCUCCACCAACAACAAUUGCAUGCUGAGUACUGAAUUAUAAAGCAAGUAUAGAACUAUAAUUAGUAUACCAUCGACGCUUCUCACAUUAAAUGUUACCGUAGCUAUAACCCAUAAUAAUAAAAGUUGUCAAAUUUUGCUUAAACGUUAAUGAGCAUGCAAUUCUAACUUGCAGACUGCAGACAUUCAGCCAAAGCAUAUGACCAACACUGGAGUGCCUCUAAGACCUUAAAAGAGGGUAGAAGUUGUACCGGAAUCAAUGGGUCCAAGCUAUGCAAAUGAACUUCUGCACUGUCAUUUAAAGAAUCCAAUGCAGGCUUGUCAACCUUCACCACUCAUGUAACUUAUAGGAUUCCUGAUUCCCUUGUGAAGGAUGAUAAAAGUGCCCAAAAAUAUGUCGGGGGCCACUUCAAAUGCAUGCAAUGGCACUAUUCUUACCCGUUCAAGUUGCAGGUUGCUAAAAUGACCAGGUUACUUUUUCGAUAGCAAUGUGCAAAUCCUGGGAUAGUUUGGGAAAAUGCCUGCCUUCCAAAAACCUUCAGAGAACGAAUGAGCUAUCGGAUCUGGAUAGUCCAAUAUUUGAUUUAGCCUAUGCAUUUUGGACAUCAGGCCUUCAGCAACUUCUGUUAGUUGGACAACCCACUGCAAGUUCAGACCCUUCUGUGAUGCACCUAAACCCUGAAGAUGUCCAUCUGAACCCUUAAACCUAGAGGACCUGGACGCCAUUGGAGAUGUCAUGUCAGGACCUAAGUACUCUGUCCAUCUAGCUGGAACUUCCAGUCCUUGGAUCUAUCAGCAGUGGGUGAUAGCGACGAAUCACGGGACGAGAAAUGUUGAUGUUAAUUCGCCAUGGGUUACUAUGCGGAGCUGGGAAUAACCCAGAAAAUGAGAUUUAGUCUAUCAGCUACCAAGCUUCAAUGAAGUAAACUCCAUGGAGUUGAGAAAUGCAGCCAUUCACCCAAAGCCAAUGUUGGAGCUCUUGUAAUAAAAGUUGAUGAGAGAACAAUUCAAACGACACUGCAAUGGACAAUUUAAGAGAGACUACUUUAGUGCGUUGAACAAAGACUGACAACCAGGACCCUAAUCUUUUCGGUUUUUCACUGGAACAACAACUGUAGCACACUACAACGGUAACAAUUGUUUACUCAACAAAUUCUCUCUACUUCACUGGAACUACGACAGAAAAUCCAACAAUUCGCCACUAAAGAAAAGGGAAUUGCUAAAGUAAAGAAAAACAACUAAGGUAAGAAAAGAGAAUGAACUGCAGUACACUCACGAGUUGGGUUCUGUUGGGAUGAAUAGCUUUGAAAAGCUAUAAAUGAAAUUUCUAAUUAAUUAUCCAGUAUUUUCACAUAAUACGAAAAUAAGAUGGAUAAUUAAUAAAAGGAAUAUUAUGGAGAUAAUUAAGAUUAAUUAUCUUAAUAGAUUAUAUUUUAAUUAUGAGAGUAAUUAUCUCCCUAAAUAAAAUGUGACUUAUUCCCAAAGAAAGAGGGAAUAUUCUGGGUUUUCUGCUCCAAUAAAUAGCAGACCCCCCAGACCCUCUAAACACACCUCAGAAGAGCAGAAACACGAGAGAGAGUGAAUUCAUAGAGCUCCGGUUUUUUGCACAAAAUCGAUGAGCAACAAAAUUAGAAUGGUUGUUUUAUCCUGGAGGCGACCGGCUGAUAGUCUGCUGUGCGCAAUACGAGGCAGUGCCGCGAACGUCUUAAAGAGAGCGACCUAGUCCGCGACUCAGCCAGAUCGGUAACCCUAAAUUUUCUGUUCGGUUUCUAACAAUUUUAAGACGUUGUGUUUCUGUCAUGUGUACCGAACAGAUUCUAUCGAUCAAUUACCGCUUCUGGUUCCAAUAAGGCGCAAGAACCAGUCCGCCAACAUAAACCCAUUGUCGGCGAGCAGCCGAUUCAACUUGCCCUAGUUUUACAGAAGUCGAACACACUCCAUAGCCUUUUGGCAUUGGAGAGGUGUAAUCUUCUAAUUAUUUUAAUUAAUUUCUUCUCCUCUGCGACUUUUAAUUGUUGAUCUGGCUAUUUUAGUGUUGCAGUUGAUUAGCUCAGGUAAUUUUCCACGGAGCUAAAAGAAAUCCGAAAGGAAAGGGAAUUCAAGGAGAAUUAGAAAGACAAUAAUGGAUUUGGAAUUAUGUAUCCCUAUGAAAAAGAAAAUUGUCAAGGAGGAACAAAUUGAGUCUGCUUGCUAGCUUUGGGAUUACCGCCAGAGAUGACUAUACGAAAAGAAAAGGAGAUUCGAAAGAACAGCUGCCGUGAGCCUAGUGGAGACUAGAGUCCGCCUUUGAUUAAUUAUGGUCCAGGAAAUUCGAGGAGAGAAGGACGCUCCUAGCUAGGCUUGUGGCGUCUUCCAUUGAUCUUGCCCACGUGAAUGAGACGGAGUUUAUUCCAACCCAGACAGCCGAGUCGAUUGAGAAGCCUUCCCCACGUUGAAGGACCAGCAGAAGCUGCAGCAGGCGAUGACGAUGUGAAAGAAAGAUAGGGAGUUGCUCCUGUCCAAUUAAUUGUUAGUGUAUAAUUAGUUGAUGUUGUUCAAUUACUGUUCACGCGCACUUAACUGCUUUUGUCCAUAAGUCCAAUCAGGAAGAGAAGCUUCGGUCCCAAGGAAAGGAAGAACUGCUCUGACCUUUUGUGGCGGUUGUGAAAGAAGCUAAAAGCUUCUCCUCUCAAACCCUACUGAUGUGCACGAGGCAUAUGGCAUAAAAAUCUGUUUGGCUGUGGCAUUUGUAGUGAUGCUAGACUCUGAAAAUAGUAGGACGAAAAUGGUGGGCUAUGAUGGGCAAUCAAAGUGGAAUUAUGCAGGCCUAACGAGUGGACGGUUUGAGCUUCAAAAGUAUCAAUUGGAAGCGAAGCCACAUGCUAGCUAUUUAUUGCAAAAUCAGAAUGCAAAACCAGAAUGCAAUGAUUUCUUGAUAAGAGGUAAGAACUAAAACUUUCCUCAUAUGCUAGUAGUGAAUGAUAUAUUAGAAUCUAUUAUGUAUGUCUUUUUGCAUGGAAUUGAAACCCUUGUGAAUGCUAGAAAGACAACGAGAAUUGAUGCAUGAUUAUGUCGACAUUGAGAUGUAUUACCUCAAUGAUUAGAAAUUGAAUACAUGUUGUGGAAUAGAAUGAUUUGUCUAAAUGCAUGCAUAUGAAGUAUAUAUGAGAAUAAAAUGGGUUGUAUGCCACAAAUGACUUUAAAAGAAGUACCGGUUGUCAGUACUAAGUGAAUCACUCAUGUUGCUCUAAAGCAUUAAAAGUUUUAAGAAUGAGAGUAGCAAGCCAAACCAGAUCCGCACCAAUUAGAAUGGUACCCUUCGUGGUAACCAAAGAUCACUAGCCAAUCCUCUAAGAAUGACACUAUGUUUCUCCAAUAUAGUUGUGAGAUACUAGGUCAUAUGACGCGAAAGUGUAUGAACAAGUCUAACAUUGGUUCCAUUGUUAGCUUGAUAAUAGAAGAGGAUGGAUGGUUGUGAUCACCAAAAUGAGAGCAGAGGUUAAUCUUACUAAUAACCCUGAAGAAUGGUGGUUGGAUACCGAUGCCUCAAAGCAUGUGUGAUAAUUGAGUUAUGCUCAAACCAUCAUUGAGACGCAUUGAAGAAGAAAGUGUUGUUGGGCAUUUGCCCUCACCACGAUUUUAGAAGACGUCUUGCGCGCUCCAUAGAGAAGGAAUAUGCUUAUGCUUGUGUGGUAUAUAUGUUUUAUGUAACCAAGUUAAAUGACCCAGAAAUAUGUGAUAAGAGAAUCAAAACAUUAGAUAUUGUUUGUUUUUAUAUGAGUAUACAUGAUGAGAAGUUAAGAAAUGUUUUAUCGAUUGCUCUGGUUAAUUGUAUGUUUAGUUGAUGUGAUGCUUUUGAAAUUCUAAUGGUAGAAUUAAAGAACCAGAGCAAUAUAAUUACUAGUAGAGCAUAUGAAUGUGUUUUAAUUGGAUAAGCUAUAAUAUAACACAUUAGCUUAUGAAAUGAAAUACUCAUUGUAUUACGGAAUCCAUUAAUGCCAAGAGACUUCCAUUUAAAUUAAGAAAUAGUGGGGGUAACAUCCUGCCCGCUAUUAGAAUAGUGGAUCUAGUGGGGGGUGAUGAAUCUGAGUAUGAACUUAGAAGAGACAAAUGAAUCAUAAAUCACUAAAAGAUUUUGGUUAUGAAUUUGUUGUUUACACCCUAAGAAAGAUCCUACAAAUUUGCAUCUUUAUGGAAUUUCAAAUUUGAAGCAGAUUUGUGGGAUGAUCCAUUAUUAACGAAAUGGAAUAUGUGGAGUCUAGUAAGACUUAGAAUCUUGUAAAAUUACCUCUUGGUUGUAAAGCCUUGGGUAAUAUAUUGGUGGAAGCGAACAAGAUUUGGCAUCUUUGAGAAUUACCUCAUGGCAAUGAAGUCAAGGUAAUAGAUGGAUUCCUAAAAGAAAAACAGAAACCUGAUGGUUUAGUUUAUGAGUAUAAGGAUUGCCUACUAGCUAAAACAUUGGGCGAAGAAGGAAAAAAAUUGUAGAUUUCUUUAUUCACCACAUCUAGAAUAACAUCCAUGUAUGUUCUGAUUGCUAGUGUUUUGCGUCAGAUGGAUUGUUAAAGUUUCUGUGAUUGGUGGUUUAGAUAAAUAAAUCUACAUGGGACAACCUAAAGGGUUGUUAUUCCUGAACAUGCUUUUAGAGUCUAUGGUUAGACAAAUCAUGGUAAGAUUUGAAAAUGACUCUAAAACAAUGGCGUGAAAAAUCAGAUUCUUUCUCAUGGUUUUAAAAUUGAAAGUGACAAGUGCAUUUAGUACAAAUUUGAGAAUGACACUUACAUUAUGAAUGACACGUCGAUCUUUGGUACAAAGACUUGUGAUGUCAAUAUUGAAAAACCAUGAUGGUUGAGAAUUUUGAGUGUGAAGGAUCUAAAUGAAACAAAUGUUAUGCUUAGAGAUCCUAAUAACUGGGAAAAUACAAGAUGUACACCUGCAUACAUGUUUGAUGAUGAUAGUAUAAAUAUUUAAAGAACACCUAAGACGGUGUAAGAAAGUUAGAAUAUAGUAGCAUUUACAGUCUGCGAGAGGCAGCUGAUAAACAUGAGACCCGAUUUAGUGGGGGGUACUUGGCAGGCUUAUUGAUUGUCCUAGUAUGAAGCAUUGAAAUGCUAUUGAAAAGGGUCAUGAGACACCUUAAGUGAACAGUAGGCCUUGAUAUAUGUUAUCAACGGUUUCUUGCUGUAUUGGUAGGGUAUAUUGAUGCGGACGAGAAUACCUUAUAGAGGAAUCUCAGGCAUCUAGUGGACAUGUUUUAAACAUCACUAGAAAAUUUGUGUCUUGGAAUUCAAAGAAGUAAACGACCCAAGCUCAAUCAACUAAGAAAUUAAUAAUAAUAAAAAAUUUAGAGCUAGCAAGGGCUAGUAAAGAGGAAAGUUGAUUGAGAGGGUCAUUACUGGAGAUUCCCUUAUGGGAAAGACCGAUCCCUCCGGUAGUUGAUUCAUUGUGAUAGCACCGCAACUAUUACUAAAGAAGGGAACCGGUUCUAGAACGAAAAGAGACGACAAAUUCAUCGUAAGCACAAUACUGUAAGAGAACUCCUAACGAUAGGAGCAAUGAGGGUGGAUCAUGUGAGAUCCUAACAGAAUCUAGCUGAUCCUUUGACGAAAGGAUUACCUAGAGAGAAAAGUCCAAAAUACCACGAAGGGUAUGAGACUUAUGCCUACCGAACCAUGGACUACAAGUGAUGGUAACCCGACCCGAUAGACUGGAGAUCCCAAGAAACGGGUUCAAUGGGUAAUAACAAGUCAUGAGUAAUAUUGAGAAAAGUUCAUGCAUAGUGAAGCAUGAAUCCCAAAGCCUUGGAGGUUGAGUUAAACUCUUAAUGAGAUCUAUACUCUAUGUGGAGUGAAGUACUUUACUUUGGGGGUACUUCCGAUAGACUCACCUAUGUGAAUGUGGGAGUGAUGCCGCUCCCUAUUGAACUUUGGAGGCACAAAGUUGCUAGAGCGUUCACUAAACCGGGAUAACGUGCAUAGCCAUAAACGCACAGCCUAUGAGAGAAUAUCACUCAAUGAAAAGAUCCGGUGUGCUACAUUGUUUGAGAUAGGGUUCAAGACUACGAGUCACCCUUAUGAAAUCGGAAGUGUAACCACUAUGCUAAGGUUCAAAUCUUCGCGAUACCUUAGCUUAUGCCCGAUCUUAUGGAACUGUUGAUGCUUAGAGAUAGUUUCAAAACUAUUCAAGUGGGGGAUUGUUGGGAUGAAUAGCUUUGAAAAGCUAUAAAUGAAAUUCCUAAUUAAUUGUCCAGUAUUUUCACAUAAUACGAAAAUAAGAUGGAUAAUAAAUAAAUUGAUUAUAUUUUAAUUAUGGGAGUAAUUAUCUCCCUAAUUAAAAUGUGACUUAUUCCCAAAGAAAGAGGGAAUAUUCUGGGUUUUCUGCUCCUAUAAAUAGCAGACCCCCCAGACCCUCUAAACACACCUCAGAAGAGCAGAAACACGAGAGAGAGUGAAUUCAUAGAGCUCCGGUUUUUCGCACAAAACCGAUGAGCAACAAAAUUAGAAUGACUGUUUUCCUGGAGGCGACCGGCUGAUAGUCUGCUGUGCGCAAUAAGAGGCAGUACCGCGA